AUGUUACGACCAACGGAGAAUGGCGAGCGAUAUGAGCUCACCAGUCCAACCGAGAUGCCCAAAGCCGGUGCAUUUCUUUGGAAUCAGCGUAUGAUGAUACAGGUGACUUGUCGUGGAUUCGCGACCGCCCAGUACAUGCAACCUGAACCCGCCAAAUACGCCUAUGCACCAAACCUCGAAGCAAAGACGUUUAUGCAACCCGAGCAAAAUUACUACGCACAUCAUCCAGGCCGCUUCGUUUACAUCAAAGACGAAGAGACUGGCGAUCUCUUUUCGGCUCCAUAUGAGCCAGUAAGGGCAAAGCCAGAUCGAUUCGUUUUCAAUGUUGGCAAGAGUGACAUCAAAUGGACUGUCGAGAAACUUGGUGUUCGCGUCGAGAUGACGUUUCUUCUUCCUACAGAUCACGUUGCUGAGCUAUGGAGUAUCAAAGUCACCAAUAUCUCCGGUCGUGACCGGAAACUAAGUAUUUAUCCUUACUUUCCUCUUGGAUACAUGUCCUGGAUGAACCAAGAAGCACAAUGGGAUGAAAGUGUUGGAGGUAUUGUUGGUAGUUGUAAAACGCCAUACCAGAAAGCCGAAGAUUACCCCAAGACAAAAUAUCUCAAGGACAAGACGUAUUUCCUUUGUGAAACAGUACCAGUAGCAUGGGAAGCCAGACAGGAGUCUUUCGAGGGUGAGGGAGGACUACAAUCGCCAUCAUCGAUAAUGGAGCCGGAACUUUCAAAAAGCGAUGCUCGUUACGAAACGCCAACCGCGGCAGUGCAGUAUCGAGCUCAACUCAAGGAAAACGAAAGCAAAGACUAUCGAUUCCUUUUUGGUCCUGCAUACGAUGAAGCUGAGAUCCUCGAGAUGCGCAAGACGUAUCUCAGUAAGAUUGCAUUCGCCCAAGCCACCAAAGACUACGAAGACUACAUUCAGCGAGGUAGCGGCUGCAUUUGUUUGGAGACCCCAGACAAAGAUCUUGACAACUUGGUCAACAACUGGCUGCCACGGCAGCUAUACUACCACGGCGAUGUGAACCGUCUCACAACCGACCCGCAAACGCGAAAUUAUCUACAAGACAACAUGGGCAUGAGCUUCAUCAAGCCCGAAGUAGCCCGGAAAGCAAUUCUGACAGCAGUUGGCCAACAAGAAAAGAACGGCUCUAUGCCAGAUGGCAUCCUGCUAGCCAAGGGCGCAGUCCUCAAAUACAUCAACCAGAUCCCUCACACCGAUCACUGCGUCUGGCUUCCAAUCGCUCUCGAAAUCUACCUGAACGAGACAGGAGACUACACUAUCCUGGACGAAAAAGUCAACAGCAUGUACGGCGAUACAUACACCGUUUUCGAACGCUUCAGCCGCGCAAUGGACUGGCUCCUCUCCUCCAACGCCCGCGACGACCGCGGUCUCUCCUACAUCGCCCAAGGCGACUGGUGUGACCCCAUGAACAUGGUCGGACCCAAAGGCAUCGGCGUCUCGGGCUGGCUCACCGUCGCAACCGCCUACGCCGUGAACCUGUGGGCGCAAAUCUGCGAAGACGCCGACAAACCCGACAUCGCAAAGAAAUACCGCGCUGGCGCCGAGAAAGUCAAUCAGUCUGCAAACGAGCAUCUCUGGGACGGCGAUUGGUACGCGCGCGGUAUUACAGAUGACAAUGUUACGUUUGGUAUUAAAGAUGACAAGGAAGGCCGCAUCUGGUUGAACCCCCAGGCCUGGUCGAUUCUCGGGGGUGCGGCGUCAGAGGAGCAGAUUGCAAAGAUGCUACCGCAGAUUGACGAGCAGCUUACUACGCCGUACGGCGUCGUCAUGUUCGGUCCGCCGUUCACGGCUAUGCGCGAAGAUGUCGGCCGUGUAACGCAAAAGUACCCGGGACAGGGUGAGAACGGAUCGGUGUAUAACCACGCUGCUGCCUUCUACGCUUGGGCACUGUAUACCAUUGGCGACGUUGAUCGCGCGUAUAGCACGCUGCGAGCUAUGAUUCCGGGACCUGACGAAGAAGAUUUGAUUCGUCGUGGUCAGCUUCCUAUUUUCAUCCCCAAUUACUACCGUGGUGGGUACGGGAUUAAGCAUCUGGAUCGUACGGCGGGGCGCUCGAGUCAGUUGUUCAACACGGGAACUGUGAGCUGGGCGUAUCGAUGCGUCAUUGAGGGGUUGUGUGGCUUGCGGGGUGUCAAGGAGGGAUUGAAGAUUGAUCCCAAGUUUCCGAGUGAUUGGGACGAGAUGAAUGUUAGGAGGCAGUUUAGGGGUGCUGUGUUUAAUGUGCAGAUUAGGAGGGGGAGUGUGGACAGUGUGAAGGUGACGGUUGAUGGGGAGCAGAUUGCGGGUAAUGUUAUUAGGAAUGUGGAAAAGGGACGGACGUACACGGUACAGGCUGAUGUGCCGAGGGCGAACAAAAAGAAGCAUGGGGUUUUGACAAAUGGCCAUGGGGCGAAUGGGACGAAUGGAACCAAGUAG